AGAGCAGGUCAGACAAAACUCACAUAUUUCAAAGCGCUCUCUCUCUCUCUCUCUGAGUACAAACGUCGCUGGACAUGUAUGCGGUUACCAUGAGGAUAUCGUGCUAGAAGAGGAUUAUUGGACGCCGCUUUUGCGUUCGACUAUGUAACGUUAGUGUUUUCCCCCCAAGGAUAUCUUUUUGACAAACCUUCCGUCUACACAUGUCAAUCAAUAUAAAGACAGACCGUAAUCUUCCAUCCGCGUGAAACACGCUAACUCAAGCAAGAUGUUUAGUCUCACUGAAGUUGCAUCCCUUAAUGAUAUCCAACCAACCUAUCGAAUUCUGAAACCAUGGUGGGAUGUAUUUAUGGAUUAUAUUGGGAUAAUAAUGUUGAUGUUAGCCAUCUUUUCUGGGACUAUGCAGCUAUCCAAAGACCAAGUGGCAUGCCUUCCCAAUUUGGAGGAAAGUGUGAAAUUACAGUGCACAGGUCCCGACACGACACAAGCUCCGCAUGAGAGCUCAACUUUGGUCGUCGGCACAUCCGUCGCACCGACUAAAGAUCUUCCUCACAGCGUUGCUCAAGAAAUUCAAAGCACUCAACCUACCUCCUUGAAUGCGAAAAGUGCAUAUACUGAACCUCAGCCCAAAGGACGUAAAACAAACCUCGAUUAUCAGCAGUAUAUUUUUGUCAACCAAAUGUGCUACCAUGAUGCCUUACCGUGGUAUUCCAAAUAUUUUCCAUACCUUGCACUCAUACACACCAUAGUGCUGAUGGUAAGCAGCAAUUUUUGGUUCAAGUACCCAAAAACCAGCUCAAAGAUUGAGCAUUUUGUUUCCAUUUUGGGACGAUGUUUCGAAUCACCGUGGACGACGAAAGCUUUAUCUGAAACGGCUUGUGAAGACUCCGAGGACAAAAAGCAGAGGUUCACAGGUGGUGUGGUUUUCCAGAAACACCCAUCGGCGGAUGGUAAGGAGGACAGCAGUCAGUCUACCCCUUUGAUUGAAACUCCUUCAGUGCAGUUUCCCACCGAAAGGCUCAUCGCAGAAGGGCCCAGCCUGACCAUUUUGGACAAAAAAGAUGGAGAACAGGCCAAGGCGCUUUUCGAGAAAGUGAGAAAAUUUCGAGCUCACGUAGAAGACAGUGACUUCAUCUAUAAACUUUACGUGGCUCAAACGGUGAUAAAAGCAGUGAAGGUCAUUUUGAUCUUGAGCUAUACGUCAACUUUUGCUGCGAAGAUCAGCUUCUGCUAUAUAUGUGAACCUAAAAUCGAAAAAUUGACCGGUUAUGAUCAAUUUUUCUGUACACACAACAUGGCGUUCAUGUUGAGGAAACUCCUCUUCACCUUCAUGGCUAUGAUAUGUCUCUAUGGACUGGUGUGUUUGUAUACGCUGUACUGGCUCUUCAGGAGACCACUUAAAGAGUACUCGUUUGAAAAAGUCAGAGAGGAAAGUAGCUUCAGUGAUAUUCCUGACGUAAAAAAUGACUUUGCAUUUCUCCUACAUAUGGUAGACCAAUACGAUCAGCUGUACUCCAAACGUUUCGGUGUGUUUCUCUCCGAGGUCAGCGAGAACAAACUACGAGAAAUUAGCUUGAACCACGAGUGGACGUAUGAAAAAUUGCGUCAGCAUGUUAUAUGCAAUGCUCAGGACAAACAAGAGCUUCACCUCUUUAUGUUGUCAGGCCUACCUAAUGCUGUAUUCGACCUCACUGAUCUGGAAAUCCUCAAGCUGGAGCUUAUUCCUGAAGUGAGGAUUUCAGCCAAAGUUUCUCAAAUGAUAAAUCUACAGGAACUGCAUCUGUUUCACUCCCCCGCCAAAGUCGAACAAACAGCUUUCAAUUUUCUCCGUGACCACCUACGAUGUCUUCACGUGAAGUUUACUGAUGUUGGAGAAAUUCCAUCGUGGAUUUAUCUGUUGAGGAGCCUCCGGGAAAUGUACCUAUUUGGUAACUUAAACUCCGAACACAACAAGAUGAUUGGUUUGGAGUCACUAAGAGAUCUAAGGCACCUAAAGUCAUUGUAUCUAAAAAGCAAUCUUAAUAAGAUACCCUCGAAUCUUACAGACCUGUCACCGCAUCUCACCAAAUUGAUGAUUCAUAACGAUGGAACCAAGUUAUUGGUCCUAAACAGUCUCAAAAAGAUGACCAAUCUGCUUGAUUUGGAACUCCAUAACUGUGAGUUGGAAAGGAUUCCUCAUGCCAUCUUUAGCUUGACUAACUUGCAAGAACUGGAUUUGAAAACGAACAAUAUCCGGACUAUUGAAGAGGUCAUAAGCUUUCAGCAUCUGAAGAGAUUGUCGUGCCUCAAGUUGUGGUUCAACAAAAUCAUCGCUAUUCCACCAUCUAUAGGCCUGGUGAAGAAUCUCGAGUCACUGAUUAUGUGCCACAAUAAAUUGGAGAGCCUUCCCCCAACUCUGUUUCAUCUUCCCAAACUGAGGCACAUAGACCUCAGCCACAAUUCUAUCUCAAGCAUACCAGUUGAGAUUGGAAAUCUUCAGAACCUUCAACAUUUUGCCAUCACAGGGAACAAGGUUGUGGUUCUUCCCAAUCAGCUGUUUAAAUGCACCAAACUGAAAGUUUUAUGUGUGGGCCACAACAGCAUCACCUCCAUCCCAGAGUCGAUUGGGCAGUUGAUACAACUGACACAGCUUGAGCUGAAAGGAAACUGUUUAGACUCCCUUCCUUUCCAACUUGGCCAGUGUCGCCUUCUUCGCAGAAAUCUUCUCUUUGUGGAGGAUCAUCUUUAUGACACGCUGCCUCUUGAGGCGAAGGAAACAAUCAGCAGAGACUGAUGUGGCAUGAACGAGUGACUUAAAAAAGGGCAUUAAAGUGGAAAUUAAGCAGUCAAGUUUACAUUAUUUAGUAAACAGAUUUCCACUUUAAUUUAAAGGAAAAAAGGAUGUUCAGAGCAAAGGUGCCAUCUUUGUACCACAGCAUGUGAUGUCACAGUCGGUUUGCUCCGCUGGCCAGUGAAGUAAUACAAGCAUUUUCUUGCUUUUUAAGCACGCGCUUGUUUUCAAAUAGAGGAAGACGAACUUGAAAGGCAUGUUGAAAGUCCAAUUGGUUAUGCAUGUGAGCUGAUACAUCGAGGGGACCGUCAUUUUUACUUUGAAGACAGGAAGCAAAUACUCUUGUGUGGCAAAAUCUAACAGUCAGGAACAUUGCACAAAACAGCUUUGGGUUUGCUAAUGUUUGCCUACUGCAGACUCUAGUGCUUACUGUUAGUUAUCUAGUUAGUUACAGAAAGUAUGCUUGAUUUGUUUAAAUCAUUGCCUAUUUAUCUGUAUUGUUAUUUAUGCAAAUUUUUAUUACUACUUUUAAAAAUGAUAUACGUUAGUUGAUGCAGGUUAUUAUUAUAAUUUUUUUUUAACUUAAUUACUACAAAGUCUGAUCAUGUUUUGUUAUAUUCUGAUUUCUGAAAUCUGGUUUAAGAUCAAUUUAAUCAAGAUACUGAUUUACAGUAUCAUUACAUAAUCAAAAUGCCCCAUACAUAUUUAAAGGGAAAACUAUAUCUUAUUGCAUACUAGGCAUGGGCCGUUUUUUUUAUAUUUUAUUUUUAAGCAACAUAUGUGCCCGGUGAAAAUAAAGCCUUUUAAAUUAUAUACAUUUCUUUCAAAAAAAUAUUUUUGUAAUAUUAAAUGUAAAUUACAUGACUUAAUGAUUUAAUAAAUUUUGUGUAAACCCAGCUUAUACCUUGCAAACGGUAUUACAGAAAAUGGUGGUGGUUUUGAAACCUCGACUGUUUAAAACCUCGGUAUACCUUGAAACCGGCCCAUGCCUAUGCAUACUGUUACAAUAUUAUUAGCCUCUCGAACCCAUAGCAGCUUUCGCUAGUAAAGGACUAACCAAGCGGUCAUCUGAUGGAUAUGUAAAGCAAAUAAUCACAGUUCAGCUCGUUUUCUUGCAUACCGUUAAAAACAUGACACACGGCAUAACAUACAUAACUAAACCAAUCAGAUGAGGACUUAAGUGUUUUAAAUUUUGUGUGUCUUAUGCACACACAAGUCCACCAGUCCAUGGGCUUUUUUGUAUUUAUUUUUUUCCUGCCAAUUUAGGAGUCAGCAUUUCUAAAUAAGUUAUACAAUUAUAAAGACAUGAUCUGGCUUGAAGAAAGACAUGAUGAAUGUUUAACUUUUCUGUUUUGCAACAACAGCAAUAUUUCAUCAUACCGUUUAGUGUGAAGAUAUGCGUUUCCUUUUGUUGAGUCUUUGCUGAUAAGAGACAUAUCAAGGAUUGAGGCUUGGCAUAUGGGAGGAUGUACACCCUGCACUUCUCUUGAUUAGAACCAUGGUGACUGUUUAAGCUGCCUGGGGUUCACUGGCCCUACUGUAUUAAAACUGCCUUCAAAAUUCUGCUGUAAUUAUUGCCUUAAUAUUUUUGCUUUUCUGAUUCUUGUUGCCAUUAAAUGUUAUGCAAACUAGAUGCAGAUUUUUGUUACAAGUAACCAAUUAAACUGUUUGAGCAACAGAUUAACCCCAAGUUUGAUUAAUGUGCAAUACUGUGAUGAGACACAAGGGUCAAAGAACUCUGCAGCAGUUGUUUUCAAAUGAUGGGUCAGCACCAAAAAUAGCUUAUGUACAGCAACACAACAAUACUAAAUGCAAACAGUCAAAUGUAAUGAACCGGAUGCUCAUAAAUUAUUCACAUUUGUCACAUUGCCUGCACCAUGAUUAUAAUUUUUCUGUCAGGUUUUUAAAGUUCAUGGUAAAUUUGUAACUCUGCUGUGUUUACUUUUAUACAAAAAUAUGUUGGUAGUGCAUUUGGUUGCUUCUUGAUAGUAAAUUGUAAAAUUAGAUUUUUUUACAGUAAAACCAAAAUCGAAAGAAUUACAGUAUUCAGACUAUACCUGCUAUGCUGCUCCAUACGUAUAUGUUUGUCUUGUGGGUUUAGAGAGGAUUUAUGCACCCCUCUUACAUUUGUUGUUGUUGAUAAUACCCCUUGACAUUUGUACAUCAUGAUAGAUUGAGAUAUAUUUGACAAAGUGAGUCAUAUAAUUGUACAACAACUCAAAUAAAUCUGGAAGAAAUUCUUA